ACUGCAAACGCGCCUAUCUUUUAUUCCCAUUUUACCCCUCGAUAUUACUCCUAUAAAAACCCCGGCCCUCUCUUUUUCCACUUCACCCGAAUCCAAAUCCCUGAGAACUCAGAGAGAAAUCCCAAGAAAGAAAAGGCAGAAAAUCAGAAAGAUUUCCAGAGAAAAUCAGGAAAAUGCUUCAAAUGCAGGGGAAUUCGAUCCUCUCCGUCUCUCCUACCUUCAGCAGCUAUUCCUCCUCUCGAUUUGCUGAAAUUGCUUCCAGAGUCGUUGACGAAAUCAACAGAGAGGGAGAAGAAAAUGAAGAGGAGUUUCUCAUCUCAGACGCUGCGGCUCACCUGGAACAGAUAUCCCUCAAUCCGCUGCAAGAAUGCCCCUUGGAAGAAGAGCAGAUAUCUCUCGAGCUACCACAGCUAGAAAUCUCUGUAGUCGAAAACGCGGGAGAAGGAGAAGAAGAUGAAGCUAACGAAGACGACGACGACGAUUUUGAAUUCGCGUUCGUACCACGCGAUCCCUGCGCUCCGCCGAUCUCCGCCGAUGAUGUCUUCUCUGACGGCCAGAUCCGCCCGAUCUGGCCGAUAUUUAACAGUGAUCUCGUCUUCUCAGAAUCCCAAGGCUCUGAUGAGGGAAACCACGAGCAGAACUACGGCCCUUCGAUCCGACUCCCUAUGCGGAAGCUCCUGGCGGAAGGGCGCGAUCCUCCAGCUCUAUCUCCGUCGUCUUCGUCCGAAUCUGUCACACUCGACGAGAUCCCCUCUGGUAGCUACUGCGUCUGGACGCCGAGGUCGACGAAAUCAGCUCGUGCGGAGGCGGCGGUGUCUCCGGACCGAUGCAAGAAGAGCAAUUCGACGGGAUCGUCGAAGGUGUGGCGGUUCCGGGAUCUGAUGCAUCGGAGCAGCAGCAACGGUCAGGAUACCAUGGUAUUUUUAUCAACGGAUGCGAUUAAAGGAGGGGAGAAGAGGGGAACGGUGUUGAAGGAAGAAAGGAGAAAGGAGAAGGUGGUGGUUGGCGGGAAGAAGGGAAAGAGAGAGGUAUCAGCGCACGAGAUGCAUUAUUUGAGGAAUCGGAUGAUGAGCGAGGGAGAUCGACGGCGGUCGUUCCUUCCGUACAGGCAAGAUCUGGUGGGGUUCUUUGCUAACGUGAACGGCCUGAGCAGGAGCCUGCAUCCGUUCUAGAAUCCAGAUGCACCGGUUUUUUUAGGGUUUUUCUUUAUUUUUUUUCUUUUUGGGUAAAUAUUUUCUGUAAAAUGCCGAAGAGAAAUUAUAUGAUUUGUUCUUCUUUUUUUCUUUUUUUCUUUUUCUAAUGAAAAAUGAAAUUAGAGUUCUUCUCU